AGGAGAUAUGUGGCUGGGGUUGGAGGCGGGGUCCCAGAACGAGCUGCCCCCUCCUCUCGGUCUCCUGACUUCCCCUCCCGGCCCCUGGCUCCAGCCAAGGAGCCGUUGCAGUCUCCGCCUGAUCUUUCUAGAUCUACUAGUUGGAGAACUCUCAAUUAUCCUCCUAUCUUCCCAAACACCCUGCAGCAUUUUGGACAUAACAGAGAUUUGGAUUGAGUGGUUUGCAGGCUCUGUCCUUGGUCAUUUCCCCAGAAAUUAUUGGAACAGAACCAUGGAAAAAGAAUCAUCAUUGCUGUAUCUGCUGAUGUACAACUUGUGACUGGAUUGCAAAGUUUCUUCUAAGUUGGCCAUUCCCCCCGCCUCCCCACCCCAUGAGAGGUGGUGAGGGAAAUCUUAUCCAUCUAAUAAUAAGAAAUGGGUAUAAAAUGGACUAUUCAGCUUUCCUAUAAAUUCAGAUUGCUGCUGCUAUUUGCAUUAUGUAUGAUGGUGAUUGGAUGGGCCACCUCAAGCUACCUGGUUACUGCCAUCCAAGAGAUUCCUAAAGCAAAGAUUUUCAAUAGGACCACAAUUUGGAGGAAGGAGUUAGCUUCAUCUAAUAUGACAAAAUCAAAAUUGAAAAAAUGCUCUCUUUUGUCUCCGUACCUGAGAGGAACCAGCAAACUCAUUUUCCAGUCAAAUCUCACAUGGGGAGAAAUAAUGACAGAGAAUCCUAAAGUUCAAAAAGGCUAUUACCACCCAGAAGAUUGUAAGGCUUUACAACGGGUUGCCAUCCUAAUUCCACACCGGAAUAGAGAGAAACAUUUAUUGUACCUGCUAAAACAUCUCCAUCCAUUCUUGCAGAGACAGCAAGUGGAGUAUGGCAUCUACGUCAUUCAUCAGGCUGGAGAUGAGAAAUUUAAUAGAGCCAGACUCCUGAAUGUUGGCUACCUAGAAGCUCUUAAGGAAGAAAAUUGGGAUUGUUUUAUAUUUCAUGAUGUGGAUUUGAUACCAGAGAAUGACCAUAAUCUCUAUAUGUGUGAUGUUCAUCCAAAACACCUGGUGGUUGGCAGAAACAGCACUGGCUACAGGUUGCGUUAUAAAGGAUAUUUUGGAGGUGUUUCUGCUCUUACAAGAGACCAGUUUUACAUGGUGAAUGGAUUCUCCAACAACUACUGGGGCUGGGGUGGAGAAGAUGAUGACCUCAGAAUCAGGUUGGAGAUACAAGGGAUGAAAAUAUCUAGACCACCUCCUUCCAUAGCCAAAUAUACAAUGAUCUUCCAUACCAGAGAUAAAGGCAAUGAGGUGAACUCUGAAAGGAUGAAGCUAUUAAAGCAUGUGUCACAAGUCUGGCAAACAGAUGGACUGAACUCUUGUUCCUAUAACCUGCUGUCUGUGAAACACAAUCCUUUAUAUAUCAACAUCACAGUGGAUUUCCUUGUGACUUCAUAAUUCUGCAUUAUUCUGUUGAGGUUUCUUCGGAGGAAAAUAGAAUGUCCAGUUGCAGUAGUUAUUGAAAUGUCUGGAAAUUUUGAAUUUGACAUCCCCCCAAGCCGUCUUGCCUCUGUCACCAAGUAGUGGACACAAUGAGGAACUGGCUGCUGGGUGUGACUGGUUUGAAUUUUUCCUUCCUGUUUUUGUGAGAAGCACUGCUGAUUUUGUAGAGGGAAUAAGGCUAUUGGAACAGAAAAGUUUUCUUAUAGAUGAAGAUAAGCAAAACAGAGAAGGUUCCUUUGUAGCAUAGAGUCAGUUCAGGAUCAUUUGUUGAAAGUGAAUUGUCUAGAUUUGGGAACAUGACAGCUCAGGUGAUCAGAAGGUGUGGGCUCCAGGAAACAGCAUUGCUAGAUUGUCAAAAGGAUCAAGGCUGCUCUUGGGAACAACAGAAAGGUAGAAACAUGAAUGUCACUAGGUGAGGCUGACUUGGAGGUCUCUGAGGGGAAGGGCAUAAGGUGGAGGAGUAGAGAGAAAAAAUGGUCCAGGGGAAGGAAAGUAUAACAAGUUUAACUGGAAUAGAAAUGAGUAGUUUAGCAAAGGUACAGGACAGCAUAUUUGAGGAGGCAGUGGGGGAAUUGGGGUAUAGUUCCUCCAUGUAUAUUUUCUACCUCAUGUAACUAGUCUCCUCUUCUGCCUAUCUGGGGUAUGGGUAGGUCAAAUAAGGUAGCACUUUGAGGAAGAUGAGAUGAAUUUGGGAAGCUUUCUUAAAAGAGGAAGUGUUUUUAACCAACACUUCAAUUCUCUCUUUCAUCCUUUUCCUCACCACCCCUUUAUCUGAAUCUUCCUACUGCUUUGUCCCAAAUCACUUUACACCUAGAUCAUUUUCCCAUCUCUUUAGUUUAUCAGUUUAGGUUUCUGUACUUCUGGGCUUCUUAAUAUUCCUGAUCAUCUUGGUUUUUUUUCUUUCUCCCUGAUUUUGUUCUAUGAUAGCUUAGCUCUGUGCAUUCUCCCAGGCUUUCUCCAGGGACUCUAUACACAUCUCCAUUUUUUCAAAUCCUUCUCCCUCUAGGGCCCAGUUCAGGUGCUACCUCUCUUAAACAAGAAACAUUCUGGCAUGACCCACCAGCUGAAAAAUCAUUUCUUGCUUACAUUUUCUAGAACGUUUUGCCUGAUCUCUCAUUUGCUUUUUUCCCAUUCUAAGGGCACCAGAUUUAGUCACAGAACCUUGGUUUCAGGUUCUUGCCAGCUGUGUGACCUUGAUCAAGUCACUAAGCUUCUGGAACACACCUUUUUUAAAUGAGAGGAGUACAACCAGAAAAUCUCAGUGUUCUCUUCCAGCUCUCAAUCUUACGAUUCUACCUUGUAUCAUACUCAUUUGUGUAUCUCUUGUCCCUGCUGUUAGAUUGUAAGGUUCUGGAGGGCAGGGAUUGUGACAUUUUUCAUCUUUGUUGAAUUGAGUUCAAUACUUAUUUGUUACAACUGUUCCCCAUCCUCAUUCAUCUGAAUCAUUCAGAUUCAAUUCUCUGUCCUUUUCUUUACCUGCCACUUUUUGACUAGGGGCUUGGGCUACUGAUAGUCCCAUAGAAUCUGGAGGAACAUCCACCUACCUAGUCAACUGAGGAAUUGAAUGAUUCCAUUAGUCUUACCAAAGGGGCUGUUGUGGUUGCUAUUAUUGCUAUUAUGCUCUAAAUCAAGCAGCCAACAGCACUUACUUGGGAGUGUUCUUCAUCUACUAGUAAUAUGAGAUAAUGUGUUGCCUACUAAUUUUUCUAGAUAUUUUUUAAUUAAAAAAACUUUUCUACAUGUAUUUUUUGAAUCAACAGCAAUUGUAUUAUAACCACAAAGAAUGUCCAAAGUGACUUUUGGAGGCAUUAUUAUAAUGUUUCAAAAGAUCUGUGCUUUUGUCAGUUAUUGUCCACUGAUGCAGAUCAUAACUUUCCACACUUUUGUGUGGGUCUUAGUGACUUUCCUGUAUUUUUUUUUUUUUAGUGAGGCAAUUGGGGUUAAGUGACUUGCCCAGGGUCACACAGCUAGUAAAUGUUAAGUGUCUAAGGCUGAAUUUGAACUCAGGUACUCCUGACUCCAGGGCCGGUGCUCUAUCCACUACGACACCUAGCUGCCCCUUUCCUGUAUUUUUAAAAAAAUCAUCAUCUAGAGGCCAACCUUCUGGUGAUAGGCCCCUCUCAAACAUAAAACCAAGCUGGUACUUAUCUUGGACAAUAGACAACAAGGUUCAUUUGUUGCUGGACCUUCUCAUAAAGCCUUUACAGUGUGGGGCUUGACAGGAGUUGCCAGAGCUGAAGCUUUGGUUCUUUUAGGGUUAUUUAGAAAUCUCACUGCAGUAACAGAAGACAAGGGAUUAGCUCACUUGACUUGUGCCAUUCUUAGUGGUGUGUUUAAAGAAUCAUAUCCUUCUCACUGAGUAUAUAUGUCCUUUAAGUGAAACAUUCCCUGAAACCCAUGUAGUGUUUUCUUGCUAAAAUCUCCAGGGCUAUCAGAAAGCUUUAUGCUUUAGAGUUGGAUACCAGAAUCCCUAAAUUGAGAGAAAUUAUAUCUUUAAUCUUUGUUUCUCUUUUAUUAAUACCUUUCUGUUUCUAUAUUUCCAUCCUAAAUUCAGUUUAGCUGUUAUGGAAUCAUCACCUCUGCUGGGAAUUAUUCUUUUUUUUUGGGGGGGGGGUGGAAUUCUUUUUUGAUGACUCUUUGCUAGUAUCUGGCUUAUCUCUCUGGAUGCUUUGAGGGAAUAAGUACCCUUUUUCAUAUUGAAGUCUAAUAUUUCCAGUGCCUGGCUUUUUAAAUAUCUCCAGUGGCAUUGGAUUAACUUUCCUCUUCCUCUGUUUCAGUUUUUUUUUUCUUUCAUUGUCCUUUUGGUGAGGGAGGUUAAUGUUCGGCAACAGGAAAAUGUUUCAAACUUCCAUGUGGCAUAAAUAUUCUGUUUGAAACAAUCCUAUUGAAGAGCACAGGGUAUUCAAUCAUGUUCGUAAAAUUGCUCAACUCUUAUAAAUUAACUCACAUAAAUCACAAUAAAGCCAAGGACAUUAGGGGUAUGACUGAUGCCCAGGAAUAUUAAUGUUCCCUUCAGACCAUCAACCUUGCUCUCCGCCUGGCCCACAACCAUCAUCCAGGAAAACAAACCCUAUGGGAAAGGGGAGCCUGCCAUCCCCUCCCACCAAUCACCAAACAACUGCCACCAACAGGGCAGACAAGUCAGCCUUGCCAAGCAGGAGACAGGAGACACCACGUUCCCGCUGGAUUAAACCACUUCCACCUCCCCUUGGACUUUGGUGGAAAUAGUCCAGGACCCAGAGUACAAAAGUCUGGAGAAUUGCAGUGCCCCAGUCUUACUUCCAGCUUGGCUGUAACAGACUCAGGGAACUAAUUUGGCAGGAAUGUUACCAUGAUAGCCAAUAUUCCUGGUACUCCCCUUAAUUCCUAUGACUCGCUUGUCCUAAGUAAGUUCUCGAACCAGCCAUACAUGUAGAUUUCUCCCCUUCCUUUCUAGCCCCACCACUUCUUUUCCCUUGGAACCUAGCUAGGCAGGUUUCCUAUUAUCUUCAAAGAAAGCUAGUAUUGUCU